GCUGUUUGAAAAACAAACCACAGCUGGCACGGCUUUGUGACCUUAUACAACACUUUUUUGGUUAUGUUUACGAGGAACGUUUUUUUCGGUUCCCUCGGCUUCACGUGAAUUUCAAGUAACUUCAAUAAAACAUAUAUUCAUUUCGGAAUGGGUCAGGUGGUUACUAUGGUGGCCCGCCGGGUGAAUCGCUUCAACGUCGAGAAUCGCGCACAUCGCUUCUUGGAACGCGAGAAACCAUCACCGGCACCCAAAUUCGAUUCCAAUUUGAGGGACAUGGAGCGCACCUUGGAAUUGGAUCCCAAGUUUGUUGACAAGCUAAACGUAAAGGACUCCAGCUUGGAUGGACGAUUGAAAGACGUUUAUGUAACCUCGCAGGAUCGAUUUAUAAAGCGAGUUCAGGAGCGCCGGGCAGCGGAGGCGGCGGCGGACAAGUCUGAGCAGCGACCUCUUCCACUGGAACGCAAAACUCCGGAUGACUUCGAAUUCGGCUAUAUGGAGCCCCCGCGGAUCACUCCGGGACACUGCACACUUCGCCAGGCGCUUAAAUUCAUAAACGACCAUCAGUUGGAUCCGGAGGCGUGGCCAGCUAAGAAGAUAGCCAAUGAAUACAAAAUGAAGGAGCCACUUGUUGAAAACAUCUUGCACUACUUUAAAACCUUUAAUAUGUAUAUACCCGAUCAGAAGUAUAAGGAUACGUUGUUAACCCAAGCCACAAAGCCUCUGCUUCAAGUGAAAUCCAACCCUGAGGGCAAACCGUAAAUAAAUAGCAAUUGUUUUUGUUUUAAACCUA